AUGGUAUCAUCAAUCACCAACAUGUUUUUCUACUUGUUGAUAGUAUCGACUUACGAGAUUGAAGUCUUCAAUGAAUAUAAUGUCACUCUUUUCCGAGGAAUUUUUGAAUAUUUUCCGGUAAGAUUCGGUAUGAUGAUAUCAUGAACUCUAAUAUGUAUUUUAUUCAAUGUUUAACUAAACAUGCGUUUUUAAACAUAUUCCUUUCAGACAUCAAACUACCACAUGUAUGUACAAUGCGCUUCCUUUUGUUUCUUCGCAAUGCACGUGAUUGUAACGCUUUUCCGCUUCAUCUACCGUUACGCUCAAGGUACGGACAAACCAAGGUUACUAGCUCUGCUAUCUCACAAUUACUUUUUUAUUUUUAUGCUGAAUGUAUUUGGGAUCGUGUCACUGUUUACGUUUUGGGAUGAUCGAUUUGCAGCUGAAGAUGGGAGGGAAUUCCAAAGGGAAUAUCCAGAGACAAAUAUGGAGCUGAAGAAGUAUUUUACCGAGCACCCGAUGACUUCGCUAUCGGUAAGAUGGGUCAAGAUUAAGGUAUUCAAUGAGCUUUGUUUGAAAGAGAGGGGUAGUUGUACACCUAUUAAAAUCACUUUAGGAGCACGUGUUCUUCACAGUGUUUCCCGUGCUUGUGUAUCCACUGACACUUCUCGUUGGAACAUGGUGCACAAUCCAAUGCCAUCGCUUCCAAAGCGACCCACAAAACAAGUUAUCGAUCCGCACAAAGGAGAUGUACAAACUCCUGAUCUUUGGCCUGGUCAUUGAACAGGUGGCCGAGGUUGUGUGGUUUGUGAUUCCGACUGUUUUUGCCAAGUUAAGCCUAAGGAUAGAGGACCAAGCAAUGGGAAAUUACAUCGUCUACCGAGUUUUUUACACCUACCCCACAUUUCUAAUGAUCUUUACAUUAACGUUUUAUCGAAGGUAUCGGCAAGGCGUGGUCAGAGUUUUGAGGAAGGUUGUUCGAAUCCCAGCGAUAGGGACAAUUUCAACGACUCGUGGGAACAGUACUGGACAAAAGACCUCGGUGCACAAUAUUCUCCAUAAAAGGUAUGCUGAUUUGGUGGAUACGUCAAAGAAAUGUAGAGAAUAUAUACCCCCUUUUCCAUGAUUAAAUAUUUUAUAUGUGUAUAUAUGUACAUAGUAGUUGAUCUCAAAGUAAAACCUUUUUCAGUUCUCAAACUCUUCUAGCACCUUCCACAAUCAAUGUCAUUCCCAUCUCUGCCAAUUUCAAAUAA